GUUGCGGUUGCCGAGGAACGCGAUCCUGUCCACCCGGCUCUGUUUGUUGUUUGUUUUGAAGCUCAAUUCGCAAGGAAGGACACUGCCGGUUCUAUCAUCCCUCUCUUACUAUACCGGCUUCAGUCCACCGGCGGGAAGGCUCAGUCUAUUCUACACGGUAUCGUCGAAAAGAAAACUCCAGAUCCAUCGAAGAACAACUAACUUACCCGCGAAGCGGCGUGCUCCCGCAUGUCGCGACGUGCUCUGCAAAUUUGACGAGUUUAACCCACGAGGCGAUAAUCGUGCUCGCAGGUAAACACGCCGGCCGACGCGUCAUUCCGCGUGAGAAACCCCGAAGAUCAAAUACACACAGAAUCAAAUUCGCGGCUUCACACGCGCGACGCGCCUUCGCGAGGCGUGUUCGAAGAUAUGGCGGAGCGGCCCGCGCCGGGGUCACGUGGGCAGCGCGCAUGCGCGCGAGAGUAGGGACGCUAGUUACUUUCCGCAGAGCGCGUUCGCGCGGUCUGCGUGUCGCGUUGUUGCGUGGUUCGGCCAGCGACGACAAGGGUGGGCGACGGGGAAGGGAGGCUGAGUGGAUGACGACGGAAUGAGCGGAUUGUACGACGGAUUGUGCACGUCGGCGUGUUAACUGGUGGCAAGUGAGCCGCCAAUUGAGCGGCUCGGUGCGACUUGAUCACUUAAGAGUGAUCUCCUUUGUAGGCGCGUCUCCCGGGGGGGCGUUGGACUGCGAAAGCGACUGCGAGACGCGAGCGGGCGACCUGGACGCGGAGGAAGAUGCUGUCGUGAACAGCGCGGUGAAUAAUCGACGAGAAGACGUUAGGUAGGUCCGCGCGACCUGGACUCCGGCUGAGAGACAGAGAGAGAGAGAGAGAGAGAGGUGGGUAAACGUGAUAAAACAAUGUUGUCGUGAGUCAUCCGAGUCGCUGGGAGCGAUCUCCGUGUCGCGAGCGAGCGAGCGGCGACGGGCGAGAGGAGAGGACGACGAUGCCGCCUGCGUUAGAUAAGACGUGUUAAUUGCCCGCGAGACCGCCGCCCCAGGAGCAAUGGACGAUGAACAGCCGGCGAGAGAGGCCAACAAGAUCUGCGGAGUCUGCGGCGACCGGGCGCUCGGCUACAACUUCAACGCGGUCUCAUGCGAGAGCUGCAAGGCCUUCUUCCGGCGGAAUGCGCUGAAGAACAAGGACUUCCGGUGUCCCUUCACGGAGAACUGCAACAUCACGCCCGUGACCAGACGCUUCUGCCAGAAAUGCCGGCUGGACAAGUGCUUCAGCAUCGGCAUGCGCAAGGAGUACAUCAUGUCUGAGGAGGACAAGGUGCUGAAGCGUAAGAAGAUCGAGAAGAAUCGCGCGAAGAAGCGGACCCAGCCGGACAAUGUCAAGGCGUCGAAGAUCAAGAAAGACUGCGUGGACAGCUGCACCUUCGAGGACACGUCGAUGUCCGUCAAUUCGGUCGCCUCCACGAUCUCGGAGACGUAUUUCUGGGAGUCCGACCGCAAGUACGCGGACCUCGACGGCAACCGGCCGAACGUCGUGGAAAGUAUGAGCCCGGUUACGGCGGCCAGCGUGCCGAGCCCCUCGAGUCCACCCGAGAGCACGAACAUCGCCGAGACGAAGACGCUGGACAUGCUGAAGGAGUCCGCCCACGGCUCGAAGUCCAACUUCGUCAGCCGUUCGAGACUCACCGACUUCAACGCGGUGCCGCAGAGCGCGGAGAAGGAUAAUAAGGAUUCCCCCGCGAAUUCGGCGAAGUACGAGCAGGACCCGGAGCUGGGGUUCAACCCGGCAUUCGUCAACACCGGCUCGUCGCCGAAGUACAACUCCCAGUUCGAGGAGGAGAACAUGUCGAGUUACUUCAAGUUCGAGCAGAGUCGCGAGCAGAGCUCCAACGUGUCGUACGUCGUCCGCACCUCCUACAGCAGCACGAGCCAAUCCGAGUCGAGCCCGGCGUCGCAGUCCAUCAAGGAGGAGGCGACGAUAUGUCAGAAGUCCAAGGAAACGUGUUCGUCGAGCGGCAGCAGUCUGAUCGCCAAGUUCAAGCAGGACCCGGGCCUGCUCGCCAAGUUCGUCGGCAACCCGAGCUUGGUCGCCAAGAUAUUCCAAGACGAGCGAGUGAUCAUGAAGAUCAUGGCGGACCCCGACAUGGCCACAUGCUUGGCGGCGGAUCCGCAUAUAACGCAGUUCUUGAAGGAGAACGGCGCGAUCGACGGAUCUACGGAUGAGCGCCACCUCGACGACGAGAUGGCGGGUCGGCCGGCGGAGGUUCCGGAGAACGACGGUGUCUCGGGCAGCGGCGGCACGAUCAGGCACACGAUGAAGUCGAAAGGCAGCCACGUGGAGAAUCCGAUUCUGACGGACUUGAUAACGAAUCGCAACGCGGAGGAAUGCAAGAAUCAAAAUCUGGAAUCGUCCAUUAGUGCGGACUGGAGCAAGAAUCCGGCCGACGUGACCAGGGACGUAGUUCAGGAUGUUCAGAGGAUACCGAUCGCUGCCAACUCCAUCGAGUCCAUCCUGUGCGAGGCUAUCAAGUUAGAAUAUUCAGCGUUUUCUAGUCUUGGCGUGAAUCAAAGCAGUAGGGAGUUAAAUGACGCCGAGAGGGCGAAAUUAAACGAGCUGAUAGUUGCCAAUAAAGCGUUGUUAGCUCCGUUAGACGACGACAUAACGAAUUUGGUCGGCGACGAGUGUAAAUUCAAGAAUAAUUUCGGCCAGUCCGACCCGAUGCUGUUGGACGUCAUCAACCUGACGGCUAUAGCGAUUCGACGGCUGAUAAAGAUGUCGAAGAAGAUAAACGCUUUCAAGAACAUGUGUCAGGAAGACCAGCUGGCUCUGUUGAAAGGCGGUUGCACGGAGAUGAUGAUCCUGAGAUCGGCAAUCAAUUACGAUCCGGACAAGGACAUGUGGAAGAUACCGCACAGCCAAGAAAGCAUGUCGAACAUCAAGGUCGAUGUACUGAAGGAAGCGAAGGGAAAUUUGUACGCGGAACAUGCGAGAUUCGUACGCACGUUCGACCCGCGAUGGAGGGACGAGAACAUCAUUCUAAUUUUGAGCGCGAUCGCCUUAUUCACGCCCGACAGGCCGAGGGUCAUACAUGGCGAUGUUAUUAAACUGGAACAAAAUUCGUACUAUUAUCUCCUGAGACGGUACCUGGAGAGCGUUUAUCCCGGUUGCGAGGCUCGGUCCACAUUUCUCAAGCUGAUACAGAAGAUUUCGGAGCUUCACAAGCUGAACGACGAGGUCGUGGGUGUCUACUUGAACGUCAAUCCGUCGAGCGUGGAGCCGCUGCUCAUAGAAAUAUUCGACUUGAAGCACUGAUUAGCCGGUAAAGUGUCGUGUCGGUUUCGAUUCUGUGCGCGUACGAUGACUCGAUGACUCCGUUGAUGACCAGUUACCGUCGUAACGUAUUCUUGGGGACACCCUGGGGAAGAAACGCGAUAUCGGGGAAAAAUCGUCAGCUAUAUCGCCGAUUUCGCCGAUAUUCAUGAGAAACGCGGCUGCGCUCGAGAAACACAACGGUUGGGUGAGCGCUCCAACUGUCAUUCCUUUGAACUCGCCACGGAUCAAAGAGAACACCUCAAGUCAAAGGCGAUAAUUAUAUCCGACGGUAACCGUGCGACCGUCGUGCUUUCCGAACGCACGAUCCGCGAUCGCAUCGCAAGUUUCUCCGCGUCGCCUCGCUCGUCCGAAUGUUGUGUGACACGCGAUUUUCGAUCCCUCCGAAACGUUAGGAAGGAUACGCAGAAUUAAGCGUAGUUUACGGUAGACAAUAGGAGUAUAUUUCGUAAGUGAGAAUAAGAAAUUUACCAUAUUCCAUAUUCGAAUGUAAGGGGAAUAAUCGACUAUGAUUGGUUAAUUUUUUAUUCUUCUUAUAAAGAUAAUCCUACUGUCCAUUGUAGACCACGUUUUAAUUUGGCGUGAAACGCAACAGGUCAAUACCACACACAUACACACACACGGAUAUGUGAACGAGGCGCUCACACGAGUCACAUGCGGAAGCGAUGUCUGUUACAGUUUUUAAUACCUCCCUCUCUCUCUCUCUCUCUCACUCCGAGCGAAACGGAUUUACGCAGGCACGAUAUUUCUCGUCGGUGUAAGCGACUCGAGCGAUAUAUACCCGCCGAUAUUCGCGCGUAUUCAGGAGUUAUUAACGGAGAGUAGCAAUAUCCAGCUUUGCAAUAAGCACACACACACACACACACGCGUUAUAUCGUUACAUAUUUUAUGGAGUAUCUUUUGAGCUCUAUAUCAUUCUCAUUGCGUGCAUCCAAAGUACGCGUACAACGACAGCGCAGUGAUUCCUAGAUGGCUGUUCCAAUCAUGUUUUCUCCUCCCAGAGAGAUAGAUAGAUAGAUAUAUACAUAUAUAUUUUUUUUAAUCGUCAAAUUUUACAUCUUAAGCAAGCUGUGUAACGAGGCCUGCGUUCACGUUCAAAAUCGAAGAAUUUAUCGACUAUCUAAUCGGAUGUAUAGCGUAUAAUAUAGUAUUAUAUCAUAAUAUAGUACUAUAUCUUACACUCUUAUUAUAUUAUGGAUCAUAUGAUGAUAUAUGUUGUUGAAAACUCGCGUUUCGAAAGAGGAGCCUCCGAGGAGGAGGUAAGGAUUUUAAUGCAAAUUUUACGACGUGAAAAUUACGAUAAUCUAGCUUUAGUCAGAGUAUAUAUAUGAUGUAAAUAAGAGCGAGAGGGGGAUAUACUUGGUACGAGAGUGUGUACGUGUUGUUGUUGCAUAUGUACACGAUAAAUUGUGAUAUACCCGGACAUAAAUAUAUUUUUCAAAAGGGUGUUGCACAUAAUUCUACACAGAUAAGAGUUCCUCGCGACAUAGGGAGAAAGAGAUAUGUACAAGGCCUUUCUACUACCGUAUAUGUAUAUUUAUUUUAAUUUAUGACAAUGAUAAGUGUUCACCUGCGACGUGUCUCACUUACCGGGCUGCGACGGUGCAUCCUGUUCGAGUUUGUCAAUCAUCUGUGUUCAUUACUUCUCGUCGGUAGGAGGCCGAGGAUGUACAGAAUGAUGAGCACUAUGACGGUGGUAGAGGCCACGAAGAAUAUCAAAUUGAGGAAGGAUAUGAAUAAAUAGAAGAAAGUCUUGA